AUGGCACCUCUCAUUCACACACACCUGGAUGAAGCAAACACCCCAGGUUCCCGCCCAACAUCAACAUCAUCAACCGACACAUUUACUUCCGAUAAAGAAAAUCGUCGCCAAAGUAUCAAUAAAAGAACUACUGCUGUGAUGCCACCGCCUGCACAGGGUAAACGACGGCGGCUAGCCGACCGCCCUUCGAAUGUCCAGUCGGGCCAAUCUACGCAAUCUGCCCGAUCUGCUCAGUCUGCCCGAUCUGCGCAGUCGCAAGCAUCGUCUCAGCGAACCAGCAGCGACACGCGAUACUAUGACCCUGAUCAGGAUCCAGAAGAACGGAGAAGUGUCCGCAGAGGACUUAGAGACCUGGGCAGGGAACUGAAUGAUACACGAGGCGAGCUCAUGCAGCCUGGAAACAAUGGUAUCCUCAACAUUGUCGAACAAGCCAAUCAAUUCUACGCCAAAGUGAAGCAGACCGCAGAUGCCACGCUCGAUUCGCGCAUCCUCGUUAACACCGCCGAUUUAACCCACAAAAAAGCCACCCAGCUCGCUCUCGGUGACACCUCUGCCGGUAUCGAUGUAGACGAGUUCGUCUCCAAGUGUGUAUCAUUCAUGCGCCGCGGACCAAACAAUGCGACCGCUUCAACAAAUGGGACACAGGGACGCAGAGGGCGCCUCGGUCGAAGCCAAAGAGAUCCCGAUGCUAGUGACGAAGACGAUGGCGAUGCGAUGAACUGGGACACGCUUGGUCGAUCUGCCUGCUUUCCUAGCAAUGCUCGCCCUGCCGUGUCUGGAUGGCUGCUGGGGCCGCUGUCAGUACAGAAGCGUACGCGGCAAUUGACACAGCGAAGAGCACAAGAGCAGAUUAAUCCCGAGCAAGCCGUGGCGCCCCGAGAAAUGGCACAGCAGGAUCUUGCCGGACAGGACAGCACAAAUUUGACCCAGAUCUGUUCUGAGAUAAACAAGCUGCUCGCGGAAACCCAGGAAGCUGGUGAGUAUAGUGCCACGAAAGAGCUUGAAAGCCGAGCAGAUCUUACUCCAGAGAAGGUGCAAGAAAUCAUGGCUAAGCACAAAGUGGCGGACAACGGCGGAAUCCCCUUGUUUCGCUUCUGUAUCAAUCCGAAAUCUUUCGGGCAAAGCGUGGAAAACUUGUUCUACGUGAGUUUCCUUGUGCGAGACGGCACGGUGGGUGUAUCAACAGAUAGUCGGGAUUUGCCGACCCUGCAUGCAGCUGCGCCAUUCGCCCCCAGUGAAGCCCAGAAAAAGGGCGUACAAAAGCACCAGGCGGUCUUUAGCCUGGACUAUGAAACGUGGUCCGAACUUAUCGAGGUGUUCAAGAUUGAAAAGUCUAUCAUCCCCCACCGCAAAGAGGAAGAGCAAGCGACUAGCACAAGUUGGUAUGCCUGA